CGUCUCUAUAGCAACCACGAGACGCAGGACGCAGCAGGAGAUAGAAUAAUGGCAGGCACUUCUCGGCAUGACCGGGAGAUGGCGAUCAAUGCCAAAAAAAAGCUGAAUGAGUGCGAAGACCCGGUGGAGCGGCUGCGGCUGCAGUGUCUGUGCCGUGGGUCAGCAGGGAUUAAAGGCCUCAGCAGAGCUUUUCGGAUUAUGGAUGACGACAACAGCCGAACCCUGGACCUAAAGGAGUUCAUAAAGGGGCUGAAUGACUAUGGGGUUCUCAUUGAGAAAAAUGAGGCGAUCACACUUUUUCAGCAAUUUGACAAGGAUGGAAGUGGACAGAUUGACUUUGAUGAGUUUCUUCUCACUCUCAGGCCACAGAUGUCCAACGCGAGGAAGGAGGUGGUCAUGCAGGCGUUUAGAAAGCUGGACAGGACUGGCGAUGGUUUGAUAACAAUUGAAGAUCUGAGAGGAGUGUAUAAUGUGAAACAUCACCCCAAAUAUCAGAACGGGGAAUGGACCGAGGAGCAGAUCUUCCGCAAAUUCUUGGACAACUUCGAUUCUCCUAAUGAUAAGGACGGACAGGUCACUAAAGAAGAGUUUUUAAAUUACUACGCUGGUGUGAGCGCGUCCAUUGACAGUGACAUCUACUUUAUUGUAAUGAUGAAAAAUGCCUGGAAACUUUAAACUAACAUCUCCAAAUAUCUGUCCCAGGGUAAAGUGCUACCAGAUGAAGCUUCUUCUUUAAGACAAAAAUAUCAAACCUGAAUCAAUCAGCAGAUGAACAACAAAUUGCUAAUGUACCUGUCCUGAUUCAAUCAAAAACCAAAAUCAGCAAUAUAACAUUCAGUAUAGUAUUAGUACUUCCAUAUAGACCACCACCUAUAGAUGUUUUGUGUGUGUGUGUGUGUGUGUGUGUGUGUGCUGCAAUAGGGUCCGCCUGCAGAUUACAAACCAGAAAAUGCAUGUUUCAGUGGUCAUAUGACAUUUUUUGAAUACGCAAAGUUAUUGUAUGUAAAAAUUUCCAUAGAUUUUGAAAGGGUCAAGGGGUUUCUGCGAGAAUUUCGAAUUAUAUCAGAGACUGCGUUCAUGAUCAUAUAUAUUCCUGAUCUUUAAAGCUAAUGCUCAAAAGCUUCAUAAUAUAGGAAUACCUAACCUUUAUAGAUAACCUAAGAAAGAUUUUUAAAUCUUCAGUCUUAAAGGCUAACACUAGCCAACUUGCUUCUAUAGUAUAAGCUAACCUGUUAGGUCUUCUGAGAAAUUUUUUAUCAUAAAAAAAAAAAAAUAUCAUAGUCUUAAUUGCUAACACUUGCCAGCUUGCUAAUAUGAACUAACCUGACAGAACUUCUGACAGACCUGUAAGUCAUACAAUAAACUAUAUAUUUGUUUAAUGUUAACACUAAUCGGUUUGCUAACGUAGGCUAAUCUAAAAGGUCUUCUGAGAACAUUUUAAGUCAUACCAGAAACUGUAUCAUAAAAUAUUUAUAGACUUAAAUGCCAACCAAAUGCUAUCCAGCUUGGUAAAAUAUAUUUUUGACAGAAUUUCUUGAGAAUGUUUCUUGUAUUAAUGUUAAUCAUUUUCAACGCUAAUAGUCACAACAUAACCUUCACCAUGAGCGUACCUAGCAUGAUGGAUUUUUUUGAAUUCCUAUUCCUUAUGUUCUUAUUUGCUAAAAACCAGCUUGCAAAUAUAAACUAAUCUGACAGGAUGUCUGUGAGAAUGUUAAUGGACUGCUUAUAGACACCAACCUGACCAGCGAACAUAAAUAAAUGCCCCUUUACCCCAUCAGAAUAAGGAUAUGAGUAUGCUGGUGUUGAUCUGUAUUGGGCUCUGAGUUGUACAGUAUGUAAUCUGUAAUAAUGGUCAGAAAGCAGCUUGUUGGUGUGUUUUGAUUGAAUCAGAAUCCAGGACUUUGCCUCACAAUACUUGUAGCUCUUUUCUUCAAUCUUAACCUCAGUUUGAUGAAUUUCAGCAAUUAAAAAUUACUAAAAUCUUUCUAUGCUUUGGAUUUCCUUUCCUGGGUUUAUUGCAUUUCUAAAAACACACAACAGACUAAUUCCCAACACAGAGCACUAUUUCUCAGUGCAGGCAAGCAGCGGUGUUAACAGCGCUCGCCUCUCUAUCUCCAUUAUCUGAAAAAGGCAGGUGAUGUGGCCAACCUGCUCCAUUGUGUCUUAAUUUCUGUUUAACUUUUGGUUUAUUUGACAUUUGCACCUGCUCUACGCCUGAAAUGAGAAAUACACUUUUAAACUAUUGCAGUUAGAAAUAAUCAAUCACUCAUACAAAUGAACAUGGACUCUCUUGUAUUUCUGUCUGGGUCGUGCUUUUUUUUUCUUUUAUCUGUUCCUUUUCCUUUUUCCACUGUGUAGCUCUAACAUGGGUGAUGGAAAGCUUUUUUUUUUAUCUUUAUAAUAGAGAAAAGUGUAACCAUGUUAGGGGGAAUUUUUUUGGCGGUUAUCAUUUCAUCCACUUUCCCCACUUCAGGUCACGAAAGAGGAGUUUCUCAACUACUACAGUGGAGUGAGCGCAUCCAUCGAUAGUGACGUCUACUUUAUUCUGAUGAUGAAGAUGGCAUGGAGGCUAUGAGAGUUUGAGAAGCGUUUUUACUAAUUUAUAUUGGCAGAAUUUUUUACUGUGCACUUGACAUUUUGUUUUUAUUCUAAGCACUAAUCUUAUAGAAUAGCCAAAUGAUAUUUGUGAUUCAUGAAGUUUUUGACCUUGAUUUCAUACCCUGAGCAGUCAUCUUUCUUGUUUCCUCAAUUACUACAUACACAUGAAGCUGGUUUCACACUGUUCACGGAAAAAGCUGUGGGUGCAGUGAGAUACAGGUGAAUGGACAGGUUGAACAAAGUUAAUAUGUUUUCAAGUUUUGCACCUUAACCCCCCUCCGACCGCCUUUCAUGCCCACUCAUUCACACAUGGAUUUACAGCUAGUGUCGAUUUAUCAUCACCAGUCUAUCUACAAAUAUUUAUUUGUCAUGGAAGGAAACUAGAAAACCCAGAGGAAUCCCAUGUGGGGAUGGACAUUUAAAUGAUUGUAACCAAAGCUGAGGAUCAAACCAGGUAGCUGUGAGGCAAAAACAUUACCCUUUAUACUACUUAAUGUUCCUCAGCAUUAUUUGUAUUUUUUUUUUUUAGAAUUGUGAAAAAUACUGUGGGCAGUUUGAAACCAAAUGAAUGCAGCUGUUAAGCAAAUCAUUUUUUGUUAGGAAUUAAUCUUAAAAAAAGAAUAAAUAAACUUAUAUCACCAUAA